GCGAUCAUGGGUUCUUCUUCUAGAAAUUUGUAUGCAGGAAUAGGUGAAGGGCAAUCAACCACACGGCCACCUCUUUUUGAUGGAACAAAUUAUACAUAUUGGAAAGAACGAAUGAGAAUCUAUAUUCGUUCCACAAACUUCCAAUUAUGGUUGGUUAUCAAAAACGGGGAAGAGGUGCCGAUGAAGAAAGUUGGUGACAAGUUGAUCCCCAAGACCGAAGACGAGUUUUAUGCCGAGGACAUCAAAAAGGUCGAAAAUUAUGCAAAGGCAAUAAACAUGCUUUAUUGUGCCGUAAAUCCUGAUGACUACCGCAAGAUCUCCUGCUGCACAACCGCCAAGGAGAUGUGGGAUAAGCUCGAGAUGACAUACGAAGGAACGGACCAAGUACGUGAAGCCAAGAUCGACUUCCUCACCCAAGAGUAUGAGAUGUUCAGGAUGAAGGAGCACGAGAAGCUUGACGAUAUGUUCGACCGAUUUUCCAAAAUAGUCAACGAUCUUCAUGCAUUAAAGAAGACUUACACCGACAAGGAUCUUGUGCGAAAGAUCCUACGGAGCUUGACAUCCGAAUGGCGAUCCAAGGCCGAUGCCAUCUAUGAAUCAAUCGGCACAUCAAAUGUCACCAUCGACGGUCUAAGAGGUAAUCUAAAAACCUAUGAAUCUACUAUUCUUAAUCCGUCUUUGAAUGACCAAAGGAAAGGGAUAGCAUUAAAAGCCGUCAAAGAAUCAACGAUGGAUGAUUCAAGCGACGAUGAUGAAGUCAAGCUUGUCAUGAAGAAGUUUUGUAAACUUCUAAGGAAGAAAGAAAAGGUUGAGGAUGGCCCUGUGUGCUAUGGAUGUGGUGAAGCCGGGCACAUCAAGAACAAAUGCCCGAAAAGCGGAAGGAAUGCUCGGCACUUCAAAAGGAAAAGGGCAUAUAUCUCUUGGGGUGGCAACUCCAGCGACGAGUCAACCGAUCAAGACGAGGAUGAAACUGCCAACCUCUGUCUCAUGGCGCACGAAGACCAAACCGACGAUGUACAAGAGGUACAUAUCAAAGUGAGGAACUCAGGGGGAACCAGCGAUGGGUGGUUUAUCCCAUCGCUGGGAAGGAAGUAUUUUCUAACCAGCAACCCUAUUCCCAUCGAUGGGAACUUCUUCCCAUCGCUGGGUGUUUGACACUUUAAAAAAAAAAUUUAACGGAUUUCCAGUAGCUGUCUGAACCUUACCAUCGCUGGGAAGCCUAUUCACUACAAAAAACUUGACUUUUUGUGGCACCAUUUUUUGCCAAAAAACAUCUAAAAUUAGCCACUAUAAUAGUUUGUAGCAAUUUUAAAUUUUGCCACAAGGUUGCCACAAAUACCCCGUUACAAAAGGUAUUUGUAGCAAAUUAAAAUUUGCCACAAAAAAUAUGGAUUUUGUCGCAAAUUUUGAUUUGCCACAAAUGAAACUUUGCCACAAAA